AAUAGUGGCGCGCAGUUCAGCGUCGACCAGAUUUGCUGUAAUAUUGGUACACAAUGGUAAAACACGGAACCCCAGGCUUCUACAUAGCAGUCUUCCUUCUCCUCCUGCCAUCAGAUGAAUGCGCAGAGAUCAUCGGAGGUGACAAGGUACGCCCUCACUCGCUGCCUUUCAUGGCCUACCUUGAAGGUGCCGAGAUAUGCGGGGGGGCCCUGAUCAGCCCCAUGUGGGUAGUGACAGCGGCGCACUGCAAAAAUAUGAUGAAAGUGCAGCUAGGAGUGCAUUCCUUGACCAAGGACAACAAGACAACCUGGCAAGUACGGACAGUGAAGAAGAGCAUUUCUCAUCCAUGCUUUGACCCACAGACCAAAGUCAAUGACAUCAUGCUACUGAAGCUGAACAAGGCAGUAAAGAAAACGGAGGCCGUGUCAUUUCUCCACCUGCCAAAAAGAGUGGAGGUGGUCGCAGCUGGAACCACGUGUUCUGUGGCAGGAUGGGGGGCCACCAAAAACGAAGGGAAAAAAUCAGAUGUGUUAAAAUCAGCCAACAUUACAGUUGUUGACAUUGCCACAUGCAAUUCAAAGGAGUAUUAUAACUUCAGUCCUGUUAUCACCAGGGAUAUGAUUUGUGCGGGAUCCAAGGGCGCCGAGCGCUCAGACUCCUGCCAGGGGGACUCAGGGGGUCCUCUGUUGUGUAGGGGGGUUUUCAGAGGAAUCACUUCCUUUGGAGUCAAAUGUGGCAUUAAGACCAAACCUGGAGUAUAUACAGCCCUCUCACAGAAAUACAUCGACUGGAUCAAGAAAACUAUCUACAUAGAAGACUAACUAAUGUUGUAUCUUUUUUUACUGCUUUUCCGUUUGCCCUGAAAAUUCUACCACACAUAACCAUUUAGUUUUGAGAAACUCUCUUUUAGUCUACAAAACGAAAUCAGCCUCAUUAUUUUUACAAGGUAUUGGUAGACGGUGGAGUUUAAUGUGUUUUUGUUUGUUUGUGGGGGGGCGCGGUGGUGCAG